AUGCUCAACACUAUCUGUGAAGAAGCCUCUACGUCAGUAAUGGAUGAACUUACAGACAUAUGCGCCAGCAGCAGUAACGAAGAAGCAAAUGUAGUCUACAUAAAGGGUUCCAAUAAUUUUGUAAAAAAAUUGGAGUAUCACAAAGAUGAGACAAUUCGGGACGUCCUUACGCGCAAUGGGAUCCUUAAGGGCCCGGAUGGUUUUCUUUACCAAAUUAGAAGCCACCUAAUGGACCUUGAUAACACGUUUGCACACUAUAAUAUUUGUUCAGGUGAAAUUAUCUACAUUUUGCCUGAACCCGCACCCUUGCCUUAUUUGAUUUAUCUUUUCCAUCAGAAGUCCGGGAAGGUGCACUGCAUCGAACUCAACCACAUGGAUUCAGUCGGCAUGCUGCACAAACAAGUAGAGAAAAUUCUGCAAAUAAAAGAAGACAACCAGAUAUUGAUAUACGGUGGCAAGUGCUUGAAUAACAGGAAGACGUUACAGGAGGAGAAAAUGUGCAGGGAGAGUUUAGUCACCAUACUGGACAAAAGGGAUAUACCCGAGAUAGAAACUGGGACCAAUGGGGUGUGA